CUGGCGUCUUUCUCUAUGUUUCUAUGUAGUGCAUCUUUGGUUAACCUAUUAUCAUUAAUUUAAUUGAAAUUAUUUGAUAACUUUUGAAAUUAAAAUCUUAUUAUGAAGGACGUGAUAGAUGUAUUAGCUUUACAGAAUAAUAGACGCGAAAGACGUCUACCGGAUUACAGAAGUGCUCCUGGUCACAGUUUAGCUACAAACUUUAUAUUUGAAUGUGGAAUAAAACUUCUGUUACAACCGGCAACUGUUGCUACAGCAGCGAUAUUUUAUCACAAAUUUUUCAAAGAAGCCGAUAAAAACGAUUAUGAUUGCUAUGUUAUUUGCACCGCUUGUCUUUGUGCUGCUGGGAAAUCGCGAGACGAGCCUGUUAAACUACGCGAUGCGGUAAACGUUGCAUACAAUUCUAUAAAUCGAGGUGCUGGGCCUUUAGAGUUAGGUGAAGAAUACUGGUUAUGGCGAGGAGCUGUUGCACAAGCGGAGUUACUAGUGCUACGACUACUAGGGUUCAAUCUGGACGCGCCUUCUCCCCAUCGCUACUUAUUACACUAUUUACGGUCACUUCAAGAAUGGUUCCCCUCUGGUCAGUGGCGGUCAGCGCCAGUACCCCGUACAGCAAUGGCAUUCUUACAAGAUUUUCAUCAUUCUUCAUCAAUUUUGGAUUAUAGAGCGCCACAUAUUGCAGUUGCGUGUCUGACUUUAGCCCUGCAUGUACUAGGAGUAUCUGUACCUUUGGCCUCAACAUUAGACGAUGAUGCGGCUUGGUACUCGGUGUUUACAAAAGAUCUCCAGAAAGAAAAGAACUGGGAAAUAAUGGAAAAAAUUAUGCAGGUGUAUGGCCGGGAACCAGAGCCAAUUUAAAUAUAAUUGUAAUUAAUCUGUUUAAAGUUAAUUGACUGAAUGUUAAUUCAUCUAUGAAGUCAUGUGUUUCUGUAUUGCCAAAUAAAAAAUUUGAAAAAUUUGAUUUGUUAAACAAGUUAUAUAUUUUAGUUGGAAUGGUAAAAUAAUAAUACGUAGUGGAGUCCUUAUGACUCCAUCACAUAUUGAUUUUUUAUCUAUUUAUUUUUAGAGAUAUUCCAUGCAUCAGACUGUGCUAUAUAGUUAAUCCAUAUAUACUAUAGUCAUUUUAGAUUUGGAUUUUGGACCACAUAUUUUUUCUUUUAAUUAAAUUACUGUUCUUUAUGUAGAACCCAUCUUGCAGGAAAUCCUAAUCACUAAAACAAUUUCUUAUUUUAGGAACUCACUAUCAUGGUGUCGCUUUUAUUUUAAAGAUAUAACUUUGGCAGGAAUUACUACUUUAAAGUAUUCAAAAACUGUAAGGUAUAAAAGGGAUCCUUUUGUAGACCUGUGGGCUAAUAGCUAUAUAUAUGGUGGGAGUAUGUAUUCUCUAAAGAAAAGGAACCAUUUUCCCGCUAGAGAAUGUCACAUGAACUUCAUAGAAUAUAAUUACA